GAAAAAGAGCCCAGACCAGAAACAGUGAACUGGAGAGUGGCAGGGAGGAAAGAAAGACAAGGGAACAGCCUCACUAGAGUUGGAAGUCUGAGUGGGGCCCAGCCCUGUUGAAUUGGAGUCCCAUGAGGCCGGCUGCCCUGGUGCAAUCCAGUUUGAGGAACUGUCCUGGGGCCAGAAGACAAGGUAUUUUCACAGAACUUACCCCACUCCCUUUAGGAUGAUAUCAUCUUGGGGUAGACCUCAGAACUGAAGCCUCACGAUGACAGAACAGGAGACACUGGCCCUGCUGGAAAUGAAGGCACCUGAGGCUCCAGAGAAGAGCUUACCACGAGCUUUAGCCCCCACUGACCGGCAGCUGGAGGGAGAAGAUGGGACUGAGUCCCCUGGAGCUGAGUCUCUCAGACUGGGGUCUUCAGUUGGUUCCCCUACAGUCAGAGAGGGGCCCGAGGAUGGUCCAGACAGCACUAUCAGUGAAGCCGCGACUUUGCCUUGGGGAACUGACCCCCAGUACAUCGUCCCGCUUCCAGAUCCCCCAGGCUGGCGAGAUAUUGAACCAGAGCCCUUAGAGUUGGAACCACUCCCUAAGUCGGAGGAACCGCUCCCUAAGUCGGAGGAACCGCUCAAAGAUGAUGCCAGUUUGCUCCCUGAGAAGUCAGUUAGGGCCUUCGUGCCUAUUGAUUUACAGUGCAUUGAGCGGAGGCCGCAGGAGGAGUGCAUUGUGCAUCGUAAGGCCGGACAGGCUGAGCGUAGGAAUUUCCUGCCAACCCGACUCAGCCACCAUGAGCUUCCAGAGCGCAAGUGGGCUGAGGCAGUUGUGAGACCCCCUGGCCGGUCUUGUGGGGGCUGCGGGAGCUGUGGAGGCCGCGAGGCGCUGAGGGCUGUAGGCUCGGUGGCUGCUGCUCUCAUUUUCUUCCCCUGCCUGCUGUAUGGAGCUUACGCCUUCCUGCCCUUCGAUGCUCCGAGGCUGCCCACCAUGAGUUCCCGCUUGAUCUACACCCUACGCUGUGGGGUCUUUGCCACCUUCCCUAUCGUACUAGGGCUCGUAGUGUACGGCCUGAGCCUGCUGUGCUUCUCCGCCCUCCGGCCCUUUGGAGAGCCGCGGCGGGAAGUAGAGAUCCACCGGCAGUACGUGGCCCAGUCCGUGCAACUCUUCAUCCUCUACUUCUUUAACCUGGCCGUCCUUUCCACCUAUCUGCCCCAGGACACCCUCAAACUGCUGCCUCUGCUCACUGGUCUGUUUGCUGUGUCUCGGCUGAUUUACUGGCUGACCUUUGCUGUCGGCCGCUCCUUCCGAGGCUUUGGCUACGGGCUGACUUUCCUGCCGCUGUUGGCCAUGCUGAUGUGGAACCUCUACUACAUGUUCUUGGUGGAGCCGGAGCGCAUGCUCACUGCCUCGGAGAGCCGCUUGGACUAUCCGGACCACGUUCGAUCCCUCUCUGACUACAGGUCACGCUCAUGGGGCUGAGCUGCCCUAGGGCUGUGUAGGGGUCUUUCAGCACCUCCAUGAAACAGUUGCAGGCCUGGCCUUUGCCCGGAUCAUAGACCUUAGAUGGGAGGUACCUUGCUACUUAGGGGCCCCAUCCAAAGGA